AUUAUCAUUAUACAUAAAUAUAAUAAUAUCAUAGUACAUUUCGACUAUUACUAUUAUUACUAUUAUUACGUUAUUCUGCCAUUCUGGCCGCUGCGAUAAAGUUGAGCAACAGGUUGUUGUUUUUUUUUCUUUUCUGCGUGUCUUGCGUUUUGAGUUGCAAGUUGUGUUCUCAUUUCUUUAUCCGAAUCGCAUGACGAUGAACGUAAACAAUAAUCAUCGUCGUUGAAAACGAAUGCUAUGAGUUUCUCCAGUCAGAUAUUUCGUUCGCCGGAGUACACGAGCUUCAGGUGCAACGUGCCUCUCAAGCAGAUCAUAUUGGACGAUACCGGCACGAAUAAGGGAUGGAGAGUGUACGAUACGGGUCCUCGUUCAGUCGAGACCCCAUUGGUGUUCUUGCAUCCAGUGAGUGGACGAGCCGAAGUUUUUUUCAAACAGUUACUAACGCUCAGUUCUAAAGGCUAUCGAGUCAUAUCAGCUGAAAAUCCUCCUUAUUGGAGUGUUACUGAAUGGUGUGAGGGAUUCAUGCAACUGUUGGAUCAUAUGGAUAUUAAACAAGUGCAUUUAUUUGGUGCUUCAUUAGGUGGAUUUUUGGCUCAAAAGUUUGUAGAGUUUUCUACAAUUGUACAUCAACCUAGAGUUGUAUCACUAUUCUUAUGCAACUCUUUUACUGAUACAUCAAUAUUCAAAUAUAAAGAUGCUGCUGUUUUGUUUUGGAUUUUACCUGCAAUAGUGCUCAGAAAAAUGGUGUUAUCAAAUUUUUCAUCUAGAGAAACAUUUUACGAUACGCGGAUAAUGGAUUCAAUAGAUUUCAUGGUCGAACUGAUUGAAUCAUUAUCACAGGCUGAUCUAGCAUCUCGUUUGACCAUAAACUGUUUGAAUAGCCGYGUUAAUACAUCAUUGAUGAGAGGUUUAAAAAGUGUCACCCUUAUGGAUGUAUUUGAUGACUAUGCCUUAGGUUCGCCCAUUAAGGAAAAAAUUUACCAGGAAUAUCCGGAUGCUAAACUGGCUCAACUCAAAUCUGGUGGUAAUUUUCCAUACUUAAGUCGCAGUGAUGAAGUUAAUUUACACUUGCAGUUACAUUUGAGAAAAUAUGAUGGUACUCCUUAUAGUGCAAGUGACAACAUUCCUAAUACAGAAUAAUUCAAAUAGUGUAUCACAAAAAAACUGCUCAAUAUUAUUUAUACAUUAUUACUGACCAAUUUGCUGAACAAGUCUGUUGUGGAACAAUUUGACCUAUUUAUAAAUGCAAAGUAUCAAAAAUUUUGAAUUUUAUCUCAAUUAGAUAUUUUUUUAAGUCAAAACCUGUUGAAGACUACUAAAAUAUGUACUACACUUWAUAGAGUAUUUAAAUUAAAUUGAAAUGUGUGCUACCAAAAAUCAUAUUUUAUAGUUUUGGUGCUAACCACCUUUUAAAUGAUUAAAUAAUACUAAAAUUAACCACAAUGUCAAUACAUUGUAUUGUUCAAAAUUAAUUCUUAAACAGCAUUUUAUAUGUACAUAAUUUCUCUGCGUUGUAUUGAUUUAAA